AUGCCGCCCAAAAGAUCCGGUCGGCAGCGCAAUCGGCAGAGGGCCUCGCAGUCUGAGCCUCAAUCGGCUGAAAAGGGUCGGGACGAUGGUUUGUUAUACAAGGGGAAGUGGUACUGCAACUGCAGACCCCGCCGCAGGGAAGCAUCCCGCCGGGAAGUCAAGAAGGAUAGUGCGAAUAAAGGUAGUUUCUAUUACACGUGCAUCCUAGACUCGCAUCCGUGUGGGUUCUGGCUGUGGGAGAGCAAGGCCCAGGGUCGGGCCGAGACGAACUUCGAGCCUGAGGAGGCAGAGGAGCAGCUCUUCCUGGAGAAGCAAAAGCCGGAAACUCAGAAACAGUUGACCUCCUUUUUUCAGGUCACACCAGGCCGGCGUCCGGCUGAGGACGGUGUCGCGGCCAUGGAGACGCCGUGUCCUUCAACGUCUAAAAGAAAGCGGGAUGCGUUCGGGACAGACGAAGACCUGGAGUCCGCGUAUGGCAUGGACUCGGAAGAGGACGAGGAGCUGAUCGCCUUGGUGGACGAGACUGUUUCUAGCUCAAGGAAGGGCAAGGGGAAGGAAAAGGCUGCUCAACGUGACCCUUACAUCACGCCAGCUACUGAACGAAAUGUCGAUGUGCUGGGUGGGCUUCCAACGCCGUCUGUCACACGGACUCUCUUCCCGGCUUCAUCUAACAAGCGCCACAAGACGGUAUCAUUCGAGGAGAGCCCGGAGCUGCAGACACCGUCCACCUGCACCACGGCUACGGUCGCCGCUCCCACACCAAGCACACCAUCACAGCCCGCAACCCCGAGAACACCUGGAUCCAUCGUACCGGACGUCUCGGAGGAGGUCAUGCCCCUCCUACAAGGGCAGAAGCUCACCCCCGACGCCCUCAAGUCAGUCCGCGAAGUGCUGACCAGCUCGGCGCGGAAGACGAAGGGCAUCGUCACCGCCAGGGACUUCCUGAGGGGCGAGCUGAGCAAGCGGGAGACCAAGAUCGCGCGGCUGCAGGAGAGGGUCGAGGCGGUGGAGAACAAGAACAAGCGGCACAACCGCCAGGUCACCAACAUACGGGCCGGCAUCAUGAAGCUCCACGACGAACUGUCCAAGAAUCAAGUCUCGAGCGUGGAGGACAUCAAGGCGAGCCUCAUGAAACUUUACGAGCAGAACUAG